AUGUCUGAUCACGACCAAGCUCUCCCACAGAAUCACCGGGCACAAUCCGAAGUUCAUUCUGCCGACGACAUUGAUGACCUUUUCGACUAUGAUGUUGGCCUUGAUGAGGUCCUAAACAGCAUUUCUACAGAGCCCAACAGAGCUGGCGCAAAUACUACUAAGGAGUUUACGACAUCAGCUAGCUCAGGGCCGUCAUUAGGCCUUGAUGAGGAGGUGAAAGUUUCCAAAAAGAGGCAUCCUAUCGCGAAGCUUGACGAAACUCGGACAGCGAAAUCCAAACUCAAGUUCAAAGGAAAGGGACACGAACUCUGGCUUGAUGAUUUGUUUCCUCGCGCCAAAUUCACUGAUGGCCUUGCUAUGAUCGAGAAGCUGGGACAUUCCAAGCGAAUCCAAGUUAUGCGAAGGGAGUGGAUCGAGGAAAGUAGACCGGUAGGGAAUGUAUCAGACACCACCAUCGAACCUGCGACAAACGGAAUAGAAGACCGCUCGGAGGGAGAUGUAAAUUCUAUACCACCCGAAUUAGCAAACAUGGAGACUAGUCCCAUCCUUGAUACAGAUCACUGA